GCGACCAAUGAGCGCCGCCGCCGGCUGCCCCCCCACCUCCCUGGACCUCCUGAAAAACGCUGCCCGGGGAAAGUCCGGGCAGAGCCCGAGCAGCGGCCAGGGUAACGCUGUCUUGUGGACACGCACUUCCCACCCGAGACCGCUCACUGAGCCCGAGCCGCGCGCGACAUGAGCCACGGGAAGGGAACCGACAUGCUCCCGGAGAUCGCCGCCGCCGUGGGCUUCCUCUCCAGCCUCCUGAGGACCCGGGGCUGCGUGAGCGAGCAGAGGCUUAAGGUCUUCAGCGGGGCGCUCCAGGAGGCACUCACAGAGCACUACAAACACCACUGGUUUCCCGAAAAGCCGUCCAAGGGCUCCGGCUACCGCUGCAUUCGCAUCAACCACAAGAUGGACCCCAUCAUCAGCAGGGUGGCCAGCCAGAUCGGACUCAGCCAGCCCCAGCUGCAUCAGCUGCUGCCCAGCGAGCUGACCCUGUGGGUGGACCCCUAUGAGGUGUCCUACCGCAUUGGGGAGGACGGCUCCAUCUGCGUCUUGUACGAGGAGGCCCCACUGGCCGCCUCCUGUGGGCUCCUCACCUGCAAGAACCAAGUGCUGCUGGGCCGGAGCAGCCCCUCCAAGAACUACGUGAUGGCGGUCUCCAGCUAGGCCCCUCCGCCCCCGCCCUGGGCGCCGCCGUGCUCAUGCUGCCGUGACAACAGGCCACCACAUACCUCAACCUGGGGAACUGUAUUUUUAAAUGAAGAGCUAUUUAUAUAUAUUAUUUUUUUUUAAGAAAGGAGGAAAAAAAACCAAAAGAUUUUUUUUAAGAAAAAAAAUCCUUCAAGGGAGCUGCUUGGAAGUGGCCUCCCCAGGUGCCUUUGGAGAGAACUGUUGUGUGCUUGAGUCUGUGAGCCAGUGUCUGCCUAUAGGAGGGGGAGCUGUUAGGGGGUAGACCUAGCCAAGGUGAAGUGGGAGACGUUUGGCUAGCACCCCAGGAAGAUGUGAGAGGGAGCAAGCAAGGUUAGCAACUGUGAACAGAGAGGUCGGGAUUUGCCCUGGGGGAGGAAGAGAGGCCAAGUUCAGAGCUCUCUGUCUCCCCCAGCCAGACACCUGCAUCCCCGGCUCCUCUAUUACUCAAGGGCAUUCAUGCCUGGACUUAAACAAUACUAUGUUAUCUUUUCUUUUAUUUUUCUAAUGAGGUCCUGGGCAGAGAGUGAAAAGGCCUCUCCUGAUUCCUACUGUCCUAAGCAGCUUUUCUUGAAAUCAUGACUUGUUUCUAAUUCUACCCUCAGGGGCCUGUAGAUGUUGCUUUCCAGCCAGGAAUCUAAAGCUUUGGGUUUUCUGAAGGGGGAGGAGGGAACUGGAGGUUAUUGGGGUUAGGAUGGAAGGGAACUCUGCACAAAACCUUUGCUUUGCUAGUGCUGCUCUGUGUGUAUGUGUGGCAAAUAAUUUGGGGGUGAUUUGCAAUGGAAUUUUGGGACCCAAAGAGUAUCCACUGGGGAUGUUUUUUGGCCAAAACUCUUCCUUUUGGAACCACAUGAAAGUCUUGAUGCUGCUGCCAUGAUCCCUUUGAGAGGUGGCUCAAAAGCUACAGGGAACUCCAGGUCCUUUAUUACUGCCUUCUUUUCAAAAGCACAACUCUCCUCUAACCCUCCCCUCCCCCUUCCCUUCUGGUCGGGUCAUAGAGCUACCGUAUUUUCUAGGACAAGAGUUCUCAGUCACUGUGCAAUAUGCCCCCUGGGUCCCAGGAGGGUCUGAAGGAAAACUGGCUAUCAGAACCUCCUGAUGCCCUGGUGGGCUUAGGGAACCAUCUCUCCUGCUCUCCUUGGGAUGAUGGCUGGCUAGUCAGCCUUGCAUGUAUUCCUUGGCUGAAUGGGAGAGUGCCCCAUGUUCUGCAAGACUACUUGGUAUUCUUGUAGGGCCGACACUAAAUAAAAGCCAAACCUUGGGCACUGUUUUUUCUCCCUGGUGCUCAGAGCACCUGUGGGAAAGGUUGCUGUCUGUCUCAGUACAAUCCAAAUUUGUCGUAGACUUGUGCAAUAUUUACUGUUGUGGGUUGGAGAAAAGUGGAAAGCUACACUGGGAAGAAACUCCCUUCCUUCAAUUUCUCAGUGACAUUGAUGAGGGGUCCUCAAAAGACCUCGAGUUUCCCAAACCGGAUCACCUUAAGAAGGACAGGGCUAGGGCAUUUGGCCAGGAUGGCCACCCUCCUGCUGUUGCCCCUUAGUGAGGAAUCUUCACCCCACUUCCUCUACCCCCAGGUUCCCCUCCCCACAGCCAAUCCCCUUUCCUGGAUUUCUUAACUGCUCAAUUUUGACUCAAAGGUGCUAUUUACCAAACACUCUCCCUACCCAUUCCUGCCAGCUCUGCCUCCUUUUCAACUCUCCACAUUUUGUAUUGCCUUCCCAGACCUGCUUCCAGUCUUUAUUGCUUUAAAGUUCACUUUGGGCCCACAGACCCAAGAGCUAAUUUUCUGGUUUGUGGGUUGAAACAAAGCUGUGAAUCACUGCAGGCUGUGUUCUUGCAUCUUGUCUGCAAACAGGUCCCUGCCUUUUUAGAAGCAGCCUCAUGGUCUCAUGCUUAGUCUUGUCUCUCUUGUCUUCUUUAUGAUGUUCACUUUAAAAACAACAAAACCCCCGAGCUGGACUGUUGAGCAGGCCUGUCUCUCCUAGUAAGUAAAAAUAGUAGUAGUAUGUUUGUAAGCUAUUCUGACAGAAAAGACAAAGGUUACUAAUUGUAUGAUAGUGUUUUUAUAUGGAAGAAUGUACAGCUUAUGGACAAAUGUACACCUUUUUGUUACUUUAAUAAAAAUGUAGCAGGAUAAA